AUGAUUUUCUCUCUACGUGGAGAUGAUUACCGAAAUUUCUUCAAUCAUUUUUCUCCAUUUCCGCUGAAUACUGAAUCUGAGCAUGUGUUACCCAACGAUUUUAAGGUUGAUAUUCAUGAAAUCAAAGGUUUGAGGAACUAUGGAAUUAUGAGUCCUGCUCCAUGGAGCGGUGCUUACCAAAGCUUCCUUAACUCCUUACCUUCAAACCCGCCCAACAACACUUUAACCUCUCUCCUUGUCGAUGAGCAAACCCAGCUCGCUCUCGUGCCGGCGAGAACCUCGACUAUGGAAUCGUUUUCAACGUCACUUAGUCUUUUGACCGUGGCCAUUGUUUCGUCUAACGUUCCGUAUGUAGAUGACUUUUCGACAAACCGUGUUACCACUUGCACCAAUUCGCUUUAUAGCUUUGGCUUCCAAACUCUCAUGGAUCCUUUGUCGAACUAUCUUUUCUUUCUUUAUGUAGCAUUUGCUUCAACCUUUGUCUGUUGUUGCUAUUUCGCUUUAAGCCUUGUUAUCUUUGUAUCCUUAACUACUUGUAACCUUGUUUUUAUUGGAUGAAUGAAAACAAGCCGUUUGACC